UACAUGAACGCAGGCUCUCGCAACGCACAGAGCUACGGCUUUGACCUCGGUUCCCUCUGCAAGCUGAAGGACACGAAGUCAGCUGACCAGAAGUCAACGUUGCUCCACUUCCUGGCUGCGGUGUGUGAGGAGGAGUUCCCAGAGGUCACCAAGUUCUCCGACGACCUGCAGCACGUUGACCGAGCCAGCCGAGUCUCAGCGGAGUCCCUGGAGAAGAACCUAGUUCAGAUGGAGAGACAGCUGGUCCAACUAGAGAGAGAUCUGGACACCUUCUCCUCUCCUGACGACUCUGAAGAUCUCUUCACUGCCAAGAUGUCUAGCUUCUCCACGUCGGCCAGAGAACAGUACCAGAAGCUAAUGAUCAUGCACAGCAACAUGGGAACCCUCUACCAGAACAUGUUGGACUACUUCGCUCUGGACUCCAAGAAGACCUCCGUCGAGGAACUAUUCACAGACCUCAGCAACUUCAGAACCAUGUUCCUGCAAGCGCUGAAGGAGAACGUGAGGAGGAGAGAGGCGGAGGAGAAACAGAGGAGAGCGUGGGUGGCCAAGGAGAAGGCGGAGAGAGAGAAGCAGGAGAGACAGCAGCAGAAGAAGAGGAGACUACUGGAGGUCAACACAGAGAACAGCGAUGAGACAGGAGUGAUGGAUAGUUUGCUGGAGGCUUUGCAGUCUGGAGCAGCGUUCAGAGACCGACGGAAGAGAGCACCCCGGCCCCGAGAUGGUCAGAUGAGCCUCAGUCCCAGUUCGUACCUCCAGGUUCUGAAGCCCUGUAACCAUGAAAACACAAAGACACCUUUACAAAGGUCGCGGUCCCGGCAGAAUAUCAAUGUGAGCACAGGGUCGGUGAUGGGGUCGGCGGCGAGAGGACAGAGAGGAGUGGCGUCCACGAAGGAGGCUCGUUAUGACACAGAGGGACAUCCGCCCAACGCUACGGGGUCUGCCACGGCCAGGAGCAGGGGCCCGCUGCGUCGGGAACCAGGAGGACACAAACCCAUAACCACCACCGGGAUGGACCGAGACACGGGGAUAGAGAGAGGGAGGGAGAAUGAGAGAGGGGUGGGAAGAGGGAGGGAGAAGGAGAGAGAGGUUGAGGUAGAGAGUGAGUCUUCAUCAUGUCCCAGCAACACCAAUGGAGACUCUGAUGUAGAAGCUCUACUGGCCAGACUGAGGGCCUUGUGAGAUCUAUUUUCAGACACAGAUAGCUGCCCCCCCCCCCCCC